CAGAGUUAACCGGUGGUGGUGGCCUAGUGGCGCUUGAGGGAAUUAAGAAACCCAAUAAGGCGAACCCGGGUUCAAACCCCACCGGCCACACGGAUAUGAGUUAAUGCUUUCGACUCAUUUGAAUGCCCAGGAGAGGGUCUAUCCGUGGGCUGUACCUCCACCCCGGGGGUUAGGCUUGUGUCAUCAUUGACCCGGGUUUAACCCUUUUCCCUUUUCAAAAAAAAAAAGAUAUACAGAGUUUAUCUUUAUGUAUGAAGCCACAUUAUUCAAAUAUUAAAAGAUAUAAUAAUUACUAAAAUGUUUAUGAGAAUGUACGUACUUGGACACUAUUCCGCGUUACUGUCAUGAAUAAAAGUUAUAAAACUAAUAUUCCCUAUUUAGAGCGGUAAAAAAUAAUUCGAGAUACUGAAGAAUCCAAUGGAAAAAUAGGAACCACUCAAUCUUUGUCUCUUUUUGACUCUGACGAUAAUGUCAUCAUGAUCAUAAGAACUUUGGAUUUAAUCAAAAAAUAAAAUGAUCACGUUAUGGAUUGGUUCAAAAAACCUUUUCAAUUAUUAUUUUUUCAAAAAAAAAAAAAACUCAAAAUAAUCGUACGGAGAAAUUCUUGGGGUGAAAAAGGCGAACAAAAAUUAAAGAAAGAAAGAAACUCAGACUUCUCAGGUGAAAAAAAACAAACACAAAAGUACAAGGGAGAAAAAGUGAACAGUGUCAGAAACAUUACCAAACUUUAAUAAGAACAAACGAGUUUGGGACAUGGCGUUUAGAGAGACGUUGGAUUUGUAAGAGUGAAAAUCUGACGGAGGAGGAGGUAGCAGCUUCUUCUGACUUUGAAACUGAGAGAACCAAGUUGUUAAGUAGGAAUCAGAACAUUUGUGGCGAUUGUUCGUUUUGAUCGAGGGAUACCUAUAGCGUUGUUGGGGCUACUUUUUCUUCCAGACGUCGAAACAAUAGGACUCGUCUUAGGCAAAUGCAAUAAAAAUUAACUUCACUAAAAAGGUACUCCACUAAUUUAAAACCUAAACGUCACAUGAUCAACAACUAAAUAAAUAAUCCCUCCGUUUCAUAUUAUUUGUCGUUCUAAGUCUUUGCACACAUAUUAAGAAAAUAUUUAAUUUUACAUAUUUCCAAAAUAAAAAUACUAUUACCAAUACACAUCAACCAAUAUAAAAAUAGAAUAGAGAAUAUUUUCAAUAAAUUUUGCAUUGAAAACCGAAAACGACACUUAUUUUGAAACAAAAAUUUUGCUCUAGAACGAUAUAUAAUUUGAAACGGAGGGAGUACUAGCUAAAGCUAGUUUUGUUGGAAUCUAUAUCAAUAUUUCAAAACAGUCUGAACAGAUUUAUAUUACACAAUUAAGACCGUAAUUCUGGAGGAGACCGUAUAUACAUGAUACACAAUUACGGAUCAGACAAACACAAUGCCAAUGGUGACGACUAGGAGUAGCCACUGAGAAAGUAAUGUAUACAUAUGUGUAACAACAAGUGUCCUAUAGUAUAGUGGUUCAUCAAUAAUUUACAGUCAUUUUGUUCCAUGCGUAUAUCACAAGUGUAGCAUAGUGGUUCAUUAAUAUAGUUUAUAAUCAUUUUAUUCCAUGCUAAUGUUGAUUAGAAUUGCAAAGCUCAAUCCAGUUUCAGAAUAUAUAUAUAUAUAUAUAAAAAUAUAAAUAUUUUAUUUAGUUACAUAAAUAUAUGUUGACAAAAGAAAUUACAUAAAUAUUUGGUUUAUUGCGCUUCGGUUCGAUUUUCAACCCCAACAAAUCCGAGCCGUUUGGAUUGAAGAAAAACCAAACCAAACCAAACGGGUCGUGUGUGGACUCUGGUUUAGUCUGAGUGGGCUUGGGUUAGACAGGUUCGGUUCUGUUGAAAAAUUGCGCCAAACAAAAAAAAAAUUUGAAAAAAAUGUUGAUGGCGUAGAUGAAGGCACGUGUCCAUCUUUGCGAUGUGAAUCUGAUCCAAACCUAUUUAUAUUCUUUCUCUGCUUUUUGUUUGUUUUUAUGUCUUUGACCUCUCGAUCUCUGAUUCCUGAAUCCUCUGCUGGUGAGAGUGUUCUCAUGGAGCUUCAAGGAAUUUGGGAGACAAAGAUGAUGCAAGCUGGAGUCUUCUCUGGACUGAUCGACAGGUCAUUGGCUCAGAAGUCAACAACACCUGGAGGAGGAGGUCCACUUACACAUGAUCUCAAUGUUCCUUAUGAAGAAGAAUCCCCUUCCAACGCCGCUUCCUGAUAGCUCCUCCUUGUAUAACAUUCCUACUGGCUCGAGUGAUUACAAUACUCCUGAAACUGAGAAUGGAAGCAACGCUGAUGUUAAAGCAAGACCCAGUCCUUAUAUUGUCAGCCCUACUUUUGACAACCGCCAAGGCUUGAUGUCAAUGUUGCUUAUGAGAUUGAGAGAGGAAACUCUAAUCAACAGUUUACGCAGGACUUAUUUGUGCCAUCCUCUGGGAAACGGAAGCGUGAGUGAUGAUUCUUCUGAACAAUAUCAAAAUGGUGGAUAUAUACCACAACAUGAUGGUGCAAGCGAUGCAAUGCCUCAGGCAAACCUUGAGGGCAAUGCAUUCUGCAUGACCUUUGUUGGUGAUAGAAAGUUUCCACGAGAUGUCAUCUGCUCAUCUUCAAAGAUUCCUCAAGUUGAUGGGCCAAUGCCUGACGCUUACGAUGAAAUGUUGUCUACACCAAAUUGUGAACAUGUUUAGCAAUAGCGAGUCCCCGAGAUCACCACCGACUAGGCUCCAGAGGCAAGCACCUAUGGCUCUGAAUCUUGACCGUGUUCCAGUGAAUCCCGUUUUGCAGCAGUCGUGUGAUGCGGCUGCAACCUCAGCUAUCC